GCAAUGUGAAAAAAAUGAUUUUCGAUCCUGCUGUUUCCUCUGCUCUACUUUGAGGUGAAGUUACAGCCAGUAUGAAGAAUAGAACUUAUAAUGUUGAGGUUUCCAUUGAUUACGAGGAUGGUAUAUUGGAUGCCACCUGCUCCUGCCCCAGGGGACAAGCAGUAUGCCAUCACAUGGUAGCUGUAUGUUUUCAUGCACACAACAACGUCAGUGUUACUGACAAAACCUGUGUGUGGAAUCAGCGCAAACCUACUGGCGAUGGAGAAAAAAUUGUGAGGAUUAGUGAUCUCUACAAACCAAAAUUUUCUAAUUAUCAGGCUUUUUCGAGACCAGCAUCAACCCAAGAAAUGGCAGAUUUUAGGAAUGAAUUAGGAUACUCUAAUCCAGUUGGAUUUAUAUGGCUGUUUAUGCCUGAGCAAUCACAAUUGACAAGCAUAAUAAAGAAUAUUGAAGAUAUUUUAUAUUCACUAGAGUAUACACAGGUUACUGACAAAGAGACAUUUUUAAAAUCAAAAUGCUCAGUAGAUAUAUAAAUAAAGUUGAACAGAUAACUAGAGGACAGUCAAUUAAUGAAAAUUGGCUAGUUGCUAGAAAGUACAGAAUAACUAGUAGUAAAUUUGGCUCUAUACUCUCAGCCUACAGGAGGAACAAAUUCUUAAAAUCUUUAUUUUCAAGCCUACUAGAAGGGUACGAGCUGGAUGGUAUACAAGCGAUAAAGUGGGGAAAAGAACAUGAAGUGACAGCAAUUGCUGUAUUUCAAAAAAUUACCGGAUUAUCAGUGGAUCCAGCCGGAUUUUGCAUGGACUAUUGUGGAUUUUUGGGUGCUAGUCCUGAUGGGUUUGUUAGCGAAAGAUGCUUAAUUGAAGUAAAGUGUCCCUUCAAACACAGAAAUGUUGGAAAAUUGAGACCAGUGUUAAAAGACAAAAACUACAUAGUUUACUUUGAAGAAAACUUGAUGAUAAUUAACGAGAAUCAUCACUAUUAUCACCAAAUACAAGGUGCGUUACAUAUUGCUGAAAAGGAUAUGUGCUAUUUAGUAAUAUGGGUACCAAGUGACUGUAUCAUUGUACGAAUUGGUAGGAGUGAACAAUGGACAAAAAAUUUAAAUAUUUUAAAAACAUUUUAUAUUUCAAAAUUCAUACCAUUUAUUUUAUC